CAGAACCUCACAUCUCGCGAUAGGUGGCUCAUAUCACGCUCUGGUCCGUCCAGCGAGCGAAGGACAGAUGUGGUUGUUUUUGCGGCAAAGAUGUCUCAAAAAUCAACAAGUCCACCUUCAUCGCUUAUGGCUCACCUUCAUUCAGAGUCACAUAAACAGAGCAUCCUGAGCAAAUUCAACAAGCUCAGGAAAAGUGACCUGCUGUGUGACAUUACUCUUGUCGUGGAGGAUGUGCACUUCAAGGCCCACAAAGCCCUGCUGGCAGCAAGCAGUGAGUACUUCUCCGUCAUGUUCACAGCGGAAGAUCAGAUCCAUCGGUCCACCCACCAGCUGGACGGUAUGGCACCAAACAUGUUUGCAGCAGUGCUGGAGUUCAUCUACAGCGCCCAGGUGUCUGUGGAGGAGAGCGCCACAGAGCAGCUCCUGGCCACAGCUCAUCGAAUGGAAGUCGGUGACCUUGUCAAAGUGCUCACUGACCUAACUCGCUCUGCAGCAGGGGUCAAAUGCAAUGAUGCUCAAGCAAACAAAGCUGAAGAUGCAGAGCUGGUGAAGCGCAAAAGAGGGCGGCCGAGGAAAGAUGUAGGUGCACCUGUGACAGAGCUGGUGGGGAGAAGAGAACCAUGUGAGAGCUCAGAGGACCGACAGGCAGAAGAUAAUCCAAAAACUGAGUCUCAGCCUAGAAAUGAGGACCCUGAAGAACACCAAAGCCGGCAGAGCAAACGCAAAAUCAACCCACCGGUAAAAUAUAAGGGCUACAAAGUGGGCAAUAACACAGCAGGACACAAGGAGCCUGGGAAGAGGGGCAGGAAAAGGAAAUACCCUGACACUGAGGCACGAUGUGAGGACUGUGGAAAAGUCUUUAAAAGCCACCUGUUUUUAAAGAUUCAUCAGCGCACUCAUACAGGUGAGAAGCCUUUCCACUGCAUGGUGUGCGUGAAGAGUUUUACCCAGAAGCACACUCUGCUGGCUCACCAGCGCAUGCACACUGGAGAAAAGCCAUUUGUUUGUACCGUCUGCUCCAAAGCGCUUUCCACCAAACACUCCCUGCAAGAGCACAUGAACCUCCAUGAAGAAGAGAAAUCCUUUGACUGUGAUAAAUGUGGAAAGACCUUCACUCAGAAAAGGCAACUUAAAAGCCAUUACAGAGUUCACACAGGGAAAUCAUUGCCAGAAUGUGCUCAGUGUCAUCACAAGUUUAUGGAUGCAGCUCAACUGAAAAAGCAUGUGAGAACUCAUACAGGUGAGAAGCCUUUCACUUGUGAAAUCUGUGGAAAAUGUUUCACAGCCAAGAGCACACUGCAGACUCACAUCAGAAUCCACAGAGGUGAGAAGCCUUAUAACUGCAGCAUCUGCAAGAAGUCCUUUUCAGACCCCAGUGCAAGACGACGACAUGUUGCCUCCCACUCGGGGAAGAAACCCUUCACCUGCUCCUUCUGCAGCCUUUCUUUUACACGCCUGGACAAUCUGAAAACACACACCAAAUCCCACAACAAGGAGAGAGCUGCGGGUGGAGAGGCCUCAUCGGAUACUGCAGCAAAAGAUGGCUCUGGAGCCCCGCAGGAAGAGGUGCAAAAUAUCCUUCACCUGCAGCAGUACCAGCUGCCUGCCACCUCUGAACAGGAGCUCCAGGUGGUGGUGACAGAGGAUGUGGACCACAUUAACUUUAUCCCGGGUCAGGACCACGAGAUCAGCCUCAUCAGCACAGAGGGAGAGAUGGCUCAGUCAGCCCCCUCUAAACUCACCCUCCUCGCCCGGCCAUCGGGGCACGUGCACAAUGUGGCGUUGGUCACUCAGGGUGAUGUGGUGGAUCAGACCUCUCAGAUCCACACUAUCAGUAUGCUGCAGGGUCAGAUGAUGCACCAGGCUGAGCAGAUGCAUGUUAUCACUUUGAGUAAAGAGGCUAUGGAGCAGCUGCAGGCCCAUCACGGUCCUGCGCAGCCCUUUCAAAUAACACAGCGUCCCAUUCAACAGCUGCAGGUGAUGCAUCAGCCAAUCCAGCAGCUGCCUGUUGCUCAGGAGCCCUCGGAGGGGCAGGUGAGCAGGGAACAACAACAAGGCCGGGCUAUUCACGUCAGCAGCCAGAGCAGCCAACCGAUCUCCAUCAGUCAGACUAGCGAGCAGAUCUCCAACCAUCACAUCCAAGGACAGACAUUUCAGAUCCAAUCAGGAACUGUGUCCUACCUGUACACCACCGGACUGCCACAGGAGAGCUGAGAGUGAUCUGGACCACCGGGAACUUAAAUCUGAUGGUGCUACUGUGGAGAUCAACUAUAUACAGACAAAACUGACCAUAGUCAAAGGUAGCAGUAUUAAAAGAGGAAGUUUGUAUUUUCUUUAAUGAAUUUUUUAUCUGUGCCACAAAUUUCUGCGCAGCACAAUGAUCACACUUUGUGUGUGAAAUAUCUAAUAUCUUUCAUACCUUGCCCAAGGUAUUGCACUGUUUGACACUUUUCUGCAGCAGAUCCUUGUUCUUUGCCAUAUUGCUUAAAAACUGUGGCAUGAUUAAUAAUGUGGAACAUCUGUCUUAAGUAUAGUUUUCCUUUAAUUGGCCUCACCUGGUUAACUAAUUACGACAGGUGUCUGAGAUUGAUAUGAGUGAUCCAAAGAGCCCCCAGACACAAAGAUGUUGAACCAAAAACCUUCUGGUUAUUGCUUUGGUUGCAAGCAGAUUGCCAUGGUUACCUGGAGUUUUUCAUGUCUGAUGGCAAAUACUUGAAAGCUACUGGCCAACUGAUAGUACAUCAUGAUAAAGUCGGACACAAACCAGAAAAGGAGAAGGUUCGACUUCAAAGUAGAAGUUUGCUUCAGUGCUGCAGCAAUCAUGUGUCAAAGGGCGCCACUUUUACUGGCAUGUGUCUGUAGACAAAUCUGUCACUUCCAUUCGAAUGCAGCACUAUCUUACUCGCCAAAAGCAGUCACAAAGAGCCUUUUAUCAUCCAGCUGGGGAAUACAGCGACAGUUGAUCGUACAUCAUCAGCGUGAUUGUCAAACACCCAAAAUGAUGCUGAAGUUAAUGACAUGUUGUUAGUGGCCAUGUGUGAAAACCCUUGAGGCCUUGGAGGACAUCAGCUGGAUGCAGCACUUAGAUCUCAGUCCAUGACACGAAAGGCAGGAAUAUCAGGAGCCAUAAUGGAGGAACUCCCAAACAAACAAAUGUGAUAUUUUUCAG